AUGGUGUUACCUUUAUCUGUAAUUAAGGCAGCUCAUCACAAACCAAUAUUGGUAGAGCUAAAGAAUGGCGAAACUUAUUCUGGAAUACUAACUGGUGUAGAUGGAUUCAUGAACUUAGCACUUCAUAAUGUAAUUUGCAGUUCAAGAGACGGGACUAGUUUUUUUAAAAUGAUUGAAUGUUAUAUUCGUGGAAAUAACAUCAAGUUCAUCAGAAUUAGUGAUGAGAACGUAAGUGUUGCAAAAGAUGAUAUGACCCACAGAGAGGCUGCUAGACUUGGUAAUAGGGGAAGGCCCAGAAAUGAAACGAGAAUUUCAAGGGGUAGAUCUUCUAAGUGGCUAUAA